UUAUAACGGGACCGGUCCGAGCGCACACUGACUACUCGGUUGUACGGAAGCCUGUAAAAGUGGGAAAGAGCGACAAAUACACAGAGAGAAGGAAAAAGAGAUGUACUGGGACACUAUCAUCAAACCUGGGGACAGAACCACAGACAGCAAAGACUCGAAGAUAAAGAUGGAGAUUUGCCAGACUGGAUACUACGCAGAAGACUUCAGGACACAGGAAGUGCCGGCUGGAUUUGACUUUGCAUCUUAUGACUACCCUGGUGAAGAUCUGUGUUUUCUGUUAGACAGUAAAGCACCUGGACAGCAGCAGUUUCCAGCAGAAAGCAGCUACCCACUCCCACCAAAAGCUCCUCAUUCUUAUGACACCAAAGUGAGUGCCAGUGACGCUGCCUUCUUCAACCUGGACUCGUACCCAGAGUUCAACUGGUGGGCCUCAUACCCACAUGAUGGCCUGAUUGACCAAUCACACCCUGGAUACCAGGAGUCUCCUCAGACAUACCACAGCCUUGUGCACCAGAACGGACAGUUCAGCCCAGCCAUGGAGGGCAGCCACAGCCCCUUUCUGACUGGGAAAGACUCAAACGCAUUACAAAGUGAGGCAGACCAGAGCUACUAUGACUCUGAGGGACAGAGGCAGUCUUCAUCCUUCUGGCCUGAAUACCCAUCUCCCACCUUCACAGCUGCUCUACAGCACCCACCAGCUCCCUCCUGCCCCUCAAACCCCAGCCCUCAGUCCUCAGAGCAGUACUGCCCUCGUGUGGCCAAGCGUAAAAACACAGCCCCCCAGAGACCAGAGGGGGCAAUGACGGGAAUGUCAGCUUAUCCAGGUUCUGGUCCAAUCCAGCUGUGGCAGUUUUUACUGGAGCUUCUUCUGGACUCUGCCUGUCGUACCUUCAUCUCCUGGACUGGUGACGGCUGGGAAUUUAAGAUGUCCGACCCCACAGAGGUGGCGAAGCGCUGGGGCCAGUGCAAGAACAAACCAAAGAUGAACUACGAGAAGUUGAGCCGGGGCUUGCGUUACUAUUACCACAAGAACAUCAUCCACAAGACAGCGGGUAAACGCUACGUCUACCGCUUUGUCUGUGAUGUGCAGGGCAUGCUGGGAAAGACGGCGCAGGAGGUCCUGACCAGUCUGAAUGUUUUGCCUACGAACACAGAGUCAUGGCAGUGCCCUGGGGUGCAGACAGCGGUGACGUCCGAGCACAGCAGUGAAACAUGGAUGUCGCAGUAGGGAAUGGGUGCAGAGAGAGAGAGAAAGAGAGAGAGAACAUUUUUUUACAGAGUACUACAGCCUACAAAGUGAACACUGCCUCUUCAAGCCUUGGC